ACUUGAGGCAGGCAGACCCACCAGUAGGCUAUAGUAGUAGUCCAGACGUGAGGAGAUGAGGGUCCGGUGGCAGUGUCGGAGGAGAGAAGGGGGUGUAGUCUAGAGAUGCUGCAAAGGUGAUAUGGACAGGCCUUGGCAACAGCUUGGACAUGGGGGGUGAGAGAUAGUGAGGAGUCCAGGAUGACUCCUGAGCUGUGAGUCUGAGGGACCGAGAGGAUGGUGGUGCCCUCUAUAGUAACAUGGAAGGUAAGGGUUCAGGGAGAGUUUAGCAGGGCAAGAUAACGAAUUCUAUUUUGAACAUAAUGAGUUUAAGAUGUCUACUGUAUAUCCAGUUCAAAAUAACUGAAAGGCAGUUAGAGAUGCAAGAUUGCAUGCCAGUAGAGAGGCUGGGCAGGAUAAGGAGAUUUGAGAAGCAUCAGCGUAUGGAUGGUAAAUCAUGGGAGUUGAUCACCAAAUGAAGUAGUAUAGGGAGAAGAGAAGAGAAGAGAAGAGAAGAGGGUCCAGGACAGAACCCUGAGAAGCAGAUGGCUAUUAUGAGUGUAGGCAAAUAAGAUCCAUCAUCUAGAACCUCUAAGCAGACUGUGGAAGACGGCGCACCAGGCUCGACAACGCUGGAAUCAACCUUCACGAUCCGAAGCAAUGCGUUGGAGAAGCAUGCUUCUGGCAGCCAUCACCCUCACCUUACUCAGCAUCUUCUUGGUCAUUUGGAUGUUAACCUGGAAUUGGUCUGUCCAUUACCUCCCAUAUUACCUCCCCUGCCCGGAAACCUUUUCUAUGAAGUUGCCAGCCACAGAAGAAAAGAAAUUUCGACCUUUUCCCCAAUUACUCUAUCCUCAGCCAAAGUUGUUAGAACAGCAACGAAAAGAUGUACUGACGCUUACACCAUGGCUGGCUCCAAUUGUCUCUGAAGGGACAUUCAACUCAGAGCUCCUGAAUAACGCCUAUCGGCCGCUGAAUCUCACCAUUGGAGUCACAGCAUUUGCCGUUGGGAAAUACACAAGAUUUGUCCGUCGUUUCCUGGAAUCAGCUGAAGAAUUCUUCAUGCAAGGUUUUCAGGUGAACUAUUAUAUCUUCACUGAUGACCCAGAGGCAAUACCCCAUGUUCUCCUGGGACCUGGCCGAAACCUCUCAGUCAUCCCCAUCCAGGGCUUUUCCCACUGGGAGGAAAUUUCCAUGCGUAGAAUGGAAUCAAUCAACAAAUUCAUUGCCUCCAGGGGCCAUCGGGAGGUAGACUAUCUUUACUGUCUUGAUAUAGACAUGGUGUUCUGGAAUCCUUGGGGUGCAGAGACUUUAGGAGAACUGGUGGCUGCCAUCCACCCUGGCUACUUUACUGUUCCUCGGUGGCAGUUCCCUUAUGAACGGAGGCCCUUGUCCACGGCUUUUGUUGCUGACGGUGAGGGAGACUUCUACUAUGGUGGGGCAGUCUUUGGUGGUCGAGUGGAAAGGGUGUAUGAGUUCACAGGGGGCUGUCACAUGGCCAUUCUGGCCGACAAGGCCAAUGGCAUCAUGGCUGCCUGGCAGGAGGAAAGCCACCUGAAUCGGCGCUUCAUUUCCCACAAGCCUUCCAAGGUCCUGUCCCCUGAGUACCUCUGGGAUGACAGGAAGCCCCAGCCACCCAGCCUGAAGUUGAUUCGCUUCUCUACACUGGACAAAGACUCCAUGAACCUGAAGGACUGAUGGGCAUAGGCCAGAGGCAUUCAGUUCUCAUCCAAGGCUAUUGGUGAGACAGAGGUGACCAGAGCUUUCUCUGGUCACCAAGGACAUGGUGAUGAGGUGCUAGGGAGGUGGCUGGAAGUAAGGAAGCCAUGGAGUGAGUUUUUUAAAGGGCAGACAGGGCCCAUGUAAAGGAAAACCUGUGGCUUUAUACAUAGGCUGCUGCCUUCAAGGUUUGUUCUCACCAAAGCAUUCCCAUCCAUCUAAGUGUCACAGUGUCUGAAAAUCCACCAUUAAUGCUUUUAACAUUUCAUUAAGCAAUCCCCAAGAAUGGCCAAGGGGAGUGAGAACAUGUCAAUGUGAAUUAGUUCAUCAGACAAUUUCCUACUGUUACAAAGAUCCCAGGCCAAGAGGGGGACACUGGUUACCUAGAAGGAAAUAGGAGUCCUGGACAAGGAGGAAGACUUUGAACUCAAACUUCACUAAGUUCGUAGUUUUAUUAUGAGCCAUUGUUUUGUGUAAAGCAGAGUGCAAGGAAUAGAACCGAGGCUGAUUCAAACUCUAGAAAAAAAUGUAGUAACAAACACAAAACGACGUGGCUUCUUGCCGGGUUUUGAUGCUUACUACUGUUGGCUGUGUGACCUAGAACGAAUUAUGAUCUCUUUAUAUCUCAGCCUACCCACUUGUAAAAUGUGGAGAAACAUUUCCCUGCUGACCUCACAAUGGUGUUGUAAGGGCUAAAUAUGAAUGCGAAAGUGCUUUGUGAACUGUAAAACUCUAUGUACAUGUGAA